CUUCCUUAUUGGUGGGUCUUGUGAGAGGAGGCAGCAUGAGCCUUCCUGUUUUCAUUCAGAGCAGCAACACCAUUUGUUAGUUCUCCUGAGAGCUGAGCGUAAGCUGGGAGGGAAAGCACCCAUCAACAUACAGUUGCCUUUAAUCAUCAAAGGUCAAUCCUCAACUGAUUUCCCCAGAAGCCUCUUUUUCCACCAUGAAUGUGUCCCAGACAAUGGAGACAGAGGAGGAUCUCCUGACUUGUCUCCACAUAAAGUUGUACCACCCACAGCAGAGUUGCAGGGGCCUUUAUGGGGCACUGCCUCUGGGGAAGAGGAGCAGACACUCGGCGGAUGACCCUCUCAGGCUGGGCCGGGACGCCCAGGCCUGCACCUAUGCCCUGGUCGACCCUCGGGUGUCCCGGAAACAGCUGGCCCUCUACGCCUACCGCACACCCCAGAGCCCGGACAUGCUGUUCACCAUCCAGAACCUGAGCCAGAAGGGGUGGCUGUCAGUGAACAGCUCUAGUCUGGGCCACCUGGAGAGGGCGGAUCUCCCCGACAAGGCCCUGAUCCGCUUCGGAGAGUAUGAAGUCGAGAUCAUCCGUGAGUCCGGCGAGGCCAAGGGCAGCUUUGAGGUGGAGUUUGAGGUGCUGGCCGUGCCCCCAUCCAGGGAGACGUGCAUGUGUGCACCUAGUAUGACACCUGUCAUGGACACAGGCUCAUGUGUGACGAAUGGUUUCACUGCUGAGCUCACAGCACUGGGCCCCCUGGAGACUGAUGAGACUCUCAUGUAUAAUUCAUGAGAUAUUGUAACCUGCUUUUACUUUAUUGACUUACAUUUGAAAGCAAUGCAGAUUGCUGUGUAGUUGUGUAGUUGUGACAUUAGAAAAUGUGCAUGCUUGUAUGUAACUCCUGUUUAUGUGAAACUGUAUGACUUUGCACCCUUUACUCCAUGUCUACAUAUUAACAAUUAAGCUGUGACUUUAAUAACCCCUACUUUUUUAAAAGUAAAUGCAUAGAAGCCUUUUUUCCUACAUUUUCAACUUGAGCACAGUACAUUUGUUUUUCAGUAAUAUACUUUCUGUGUAUGUUGUUUUUAAAUAUUGAAAAGCAGCCACAGGUUUGAAAUUUCAGGGAAAGUCCCAGUCUCACAAUCACGAGGCAUUUGAGGAUUUUCCAUCGAUCCAAAAUACCAAAGGGCCUGAUAAACUGGUUUUUUCAAGAUAUGCUUGAGAUCAAGUAAGUCAAUCUUACCCUGAGCUCGGGUUGCAGUGCAAAUCUGCUCUUCUACUUUGAGAAGAAAAUUCUAGCACUGCACUUUUCUUUAAUGAGUUUCACUGAGUGGAAGACGUUUUCAAGUAUUUGUUCAUGUACUACAAUAUAAAAUGAGUAAAAUAACUUAAAUUUCUGAUCAAUA